CUACUUAUCUUGCUCUUUCCUCAAUCUUGUCAUUCCUCCCACAUAAUUAAUUCUGUGCUUUCUAGCCUGCGGCUGACAACAGACGAUAUUUGCAAUGAUGCUCACGUCUUCGAAUGCACUGAGUGCUCUGGCACUCUUCCUUGUUUCGGCUCAGGCCCUUGAAUGGGGUACAUACGCUUGCAUGAAGAGUUCUGGGGACAUGACUAAACUAGGCUCAUCGCCAUACCAAUCUCCCGGCUUGUGCCAGAGUUUGUGCGAGAAAGAGAAGGGUUAUUUCUUGGCCUUGCAAGACGAGGAUUGCUGGUGUGGCAAUCAGCCCCCCGCCUUUGGUAGUAUGGGUGGUUCGUGCGAUACGGUCUGUCCAGGCUAUCCCAGUGACAAGUGUGGCGGUGACGGGAGUUACUCGGUUUGGGAACUGGAGGAGGACUAUUCGAAUCCUAGUCUGGAGUCAAACACGGCGACGGUGACCACAACGGCAAUGACUUCCUCUUCCGCUUCUUCCUCCUCCUCCUCCUCCUCCUCCUCCUCCUUCUCUUCUUCUUCUCUUUCGUCCGCCGAUUCUGCGGUCGUGACAUCAAGCUCGGCGACGGUAGCCUCCUCGUCUGGCGCCACCCCAUUGGCUACUACUACGCCCGUGGCUCAGGCCGUUCAUACCAAUGCGGCCAGCCGUCCCUCCCGAUUCUUGUUUUUCUAAUCUCAAUAGUGUGAUGAAGCUUUCGGCCGCAAGUGUGAUGGUUGUGGAAACAUGUACAAUAUGCUUUUCGUCUGCAUAUGCAGAUCCUAAGAUUCUAUUUCUCUCCUGCUAUGCACUUGCCCUCAACAGCCUGCCUGUCCAAUGGCAGAAGCUUAGAGCGUCACAUCAUGCAUAACGUCAAAUCUCGCAGACUGAAAUCCCCUCAUGUAUAUAUGGGUUGGGGUGCAUUUGAGCGAUAUAUUGCCGGCCACAUGUGGGAAUUAAUUCCAGCCGAGGCUUGCAGUAGGCAGAGCAAAAUCCUAUUAGGGCAAUUCGGAUAGCCUCUGCUGAGAACAUAUAUUGCCGAUACGUCUCUGUGGUUUAAUGCGACCGGCCACCGCAUCUGCUGGGAAAGUAAAAUUCACUACAGACCUGUAUCUAGUAUAUUCACAUGAUCACAAGCGCCGUUAUUCUGAUGUUGC